AUGCCCCGCAGUAGCUUCUCUCGCAACCCCCUCCUAAGGGUUUCUCGCCCAGUGUCGGCUUGUUCGCGAUGUCGAUCGGCCAAAGUCAAGUGCGAUGGAAAACUUCCAGCAUGUACGGCUUGCGAAAAAGCCGGCAGAGAAAGCGAAUGCUCUGCCGCCAACGACCAGUUUGCCAGAGGCAAGGAGAGAAGUUACGUAGCCGCGCUCGAAUUGCGCAUCGAGAAACUCGAGCGCCGUCUCCAAUUUGCCAAGUCGCGCAAAGCCUCUGUGGCUAACCACGAACACGAGGGUCCCUUCCCGAACGACAUGAAUCGCAAAGACUCUUUAACUCUUAUCAAGGCUGCCAUCCACCGUAAGGCAGCCAGGACUCGCGAAAACUCGGAUGUCAAUUCUCUUGUGUCUGAUUUCGGCUACAUGUCUGUCAAUGCCGUCGCGCGAGACUUUGAGCCCGAAGCAUUCAACGUGACGUUUGCCGGCCUCGUUCUCACAGCGACAAUGAACAACGCGCUUCCCGCGUCGACAGAGCCAGACCUUCCUCCGAAACAGGUCACACAUUCGAUUAUGCAAUACUUCAUGACACACAUCUACACGCUAUUUCCGUGCUUCUCCGAGACGGCGCUCUUGACCGUCAUUAGCGAUCUCUACCAAGAGGAUCACCGUGUGAUACGCGAUUCCGACUACUGGCUCAUGUACAUGGUUCUUGCGAUAGGAUAUACUGCCCAGAGUCAGCAGGUCAACGACACAAACUACGAGUGCGGAGUUGAAUACGUUGUCAAGGCUCUAAAAUACGCAGAUCAGGCUCUCGCUCCGGGCACUGGUACGCAGAUCCAGUCCCUGUUGCUUCUAACGAUAUACUCCCUGCUCGACCCGGCUCAUUUCGAUAGCUGGCAUCUUCUUGGCUUUACUGCCAGAGCCUGCGUCGACUUGGGCUUCCAUCAAGACCCCCCUACGUCUUCUUCCUCUGAUCGUACGGCGCUUGAUAUCCGCCGACGAAUCUUUUACUCCGUGUACGCUCUGGACCGCGCCAUUAGUAUGGUACACGCGCGCACCUUUUCAUUCACCGACGACUCCAUCAAUGUGGCCUUUCCUGCCAGUAUAUCACUGCGAAAGCAAUCUCUUUCAUCUGGUCCCAUUGCGGCUCCCCAAUCCACGGAUCCCGCCUUGUUGCUCUUCCAGCUUCGCCGCGCCCAGUCAUAUUGGUACCAAGAACUAUAUCAGUCGGAUACAACACCGCUUACCGAUCCCACCACGUUCUUGUGGCAAAUGUGUCUCGACAUGCGCGAAUGGGGCGAAAGUCUACCCGAUUCCCUGCCUCCUGGGAUCCGCCGCAUGUUUGAGCAGGAGCUGCGAUAUAGCUAUGUGUACUGCAUAGCCCCGUCAGUCCGCGCGCCGCAGAUUACAGACUACUCCCGCACUCUCAUUUUUGAGUACUCACUCGAAUAUCUCAACAUUAUGCUUGAAAUUUCCCGCACAGGACUCAAUAGCGCGUUUUACACAUAUCACGAUGCCCUGAAGGUGUAUUUUAUGGGAAAUCAGCUUCUGGCCGUGCUACGUGACGCCGAGGAGGUGCUCCUGUCCGGACGACCUGUGCCUCCGCCUCCACUUCCGCUGGGUUGCCCGCCCGCGCCGCCGAUCCCCCGACGCACCGCCCUGCCCACCAACGAUGCCAACGAUGCGCUGGAACGCAGUCUAUGGUGUCUGGAGCGGGUGCAUGAGACUUUGACCAAGUACAGCGAGCGGUGGGAGGAUGCAACAAUGCUCAGAGAUAGCUUCCAGCAAAUAUCCGCUGACACGCUGCGACGCCUCCACGAGCUCCGUGCGCUGCGCGGCAUCCCGCCGCAGCCUCGCCACUCGCCACACCAGCAGCAUCAACAUCAUUCGCAGCACCAGUAUUCACAUCAGCACCAGCACCAGCACCAGCAAGAUCAACAGCACCAACAGCAUCAACAGCAUCAGCAACACCAACACCAUCAGCAACACCAACACCAUCAGCAACACCAACACCAACAGUAUCAGCAACAUCAACAGCACCAACAGCACCAACAGCACCAGCGGCCCCAACACUCACCACUUCAGCAGCCUCAACAUCAUGCGCAGCAGCAGCAGCACACCCAGCAACAGCACCACCAGCAACAGCAACAGCAACAGCAACUGCCACCGCAGCAGCAUAACCAAUAUCCUAACGGAGUAUCAAUUGCCCAACUCUCGUCGGCGCAGCAGUCGCAGCAGUCACAGCAGUCACAGCAGCAGCAGCAGCAGCAGCAGCAGCCGUGGGUAGGUGUCAAUGUGUCGCAGUUGAUGCACGGAGGGCCGCAUCGGCCUCAGUGA